UAUAUUCUAGGUUUCUCUGCUGGUGUCGAAAUCAAGCCCGAAAAUAUUACUAUCACUUUCGAUGAUGUUAAAGGGAUGGACGAUGCGAAGAAAGAAGUUCAAGAAAUAGUUGAUUUUUUGCGUGAUUCAAAGAAAUAUCAAAAGAUAGGUGGACGUUUACCAAAAGGAAUACUAUUAGUAGGUCCUCCUGGGACAGGGAAAACAUUGCUAGCUCGCGCUAUUGCCGGAGAAGCAAAGGUUCCAUUUUUUCGAACAUCUGGUUCAGAAUUUGAUGAAAUGUUUGUUGGAUUAGGGGCAAAACGAGUCAGGGAACUCUUUGAAAAAGCAAAACGACGUACACCCUGCAUAAUAUUUAUUGAUGAAAUCGAUUCUGUGGGAUCAAAACGAGUUAUAGAUAAUAUUCACCCUUAUGCGAAUCAAACUAUAAACCAGUUAUUAGCAGAAAUGGAUGGUUUUGCUUCCGGUGAAGGAAUUGUUGUUAUUGGAGCCACAAAUCGAGUUGAUGAUCUUGAUGAAGCACUUUUACGACCAGGGCGUUUUGAUCUUCGCACAAAUAUCGGACCACCGGAUCUUGCGGGCCGCAAAGAUAUUUUUAAUCUCUAUUUGGGCAAGAUUAUUCAUGAUACUAGUAUUGAUGUGAAUUUGUUGGCAAAAACGACAACAAGUUUCACUGGUGCUGAUAUUGAAAAUGUAGUUAAUCAAGCAGCCUUAAAAGCUGCUAUAGAGGGAUCGCCAAUGGUUCAAAUGCACCAUCUAGAAGAAGCGAGAAAUCGAUUAAUUAUGGGUCCGCCUCGAGCCAGUGGUCGUUUGCCAGAUGAAGAAACGAAUCGAAUCACCGCUUAUCAUGAAGCUGGUCAUGCCAUUAUUGGUCUUUUUACAAAUGAAGCUGUUUCUCUUCAUCAAGUCACUAUUAUUCAGCGAGGAGAGGCACUUGGAUUCACAUCCUUUAUGCCUGAAAAAGAUGAAUAUCACUUCACUCGGGCUCAAAUGCUAGCUGAACUUGAUGUCAUGAUGGGUGGUCGCGUGGCAGAAGAGAUUACUUUUGGUGCCAAUAAUAUUACAAGUGGUGCUGCAUCUGAUUUCAAAGACGCAACAAUUUUAGCCACGAAUAUGGUAAAAAAAUUUGGAAUGAGUGAAAAGGUAGGUGUAAGAGAUUUUACACUUAAAGAAGGCAGCUCAUUGGCACCUAUCGAUCCUGUCAGCCAAAAAACGCGCGAAUUGAUUGAUCAAGAAAUUAAUCGCAUUCUACAGGAGUCUUAUGCUCGAACAAAAGAUCUGCUUGUAAAACACAAGAAAGAACAUCAACUUCUGGCUGAGGCUCUUCUCGAAUUCGAAACAUUGUCAGGCAAUGAAGUAAAAGAAUUGGUCGAAACAGGUCGGAUAAGCAAAAGAAAGUGGCCUUCUUAA